AAACCUUCGUAAAACUCCUCAUAAAUUAAAAAAGCUUUGGGUUUAGUGAAGUUGCAGCAAGAAGCGCAAGGAAGGAUACAAUGGCUUCUUCAAUGUCUCUCACUGUGUCUCUGUUCUGUCUCAUUUCCGUUGCUAUUUUCCCCAGCUUUAGCUUUGCAGGCGACCCUUAUGUUUUUUAUGACUUUAGAAUCUCAUACAUUACUGCUUCUCCUCUCGGCAUUCCUCAACGGGUUAUUGCUGUUAAUGGGAAGUUUCCUGGUCCGUUCAUUAAUGCCACGACGAAUAACAAUGUUGUAGUUAACGUUUGGAACGAUUUGGAUGAAGAUCUUCUUCUCACUUGGCCUGGAAUUCAAAUGCGACGUAAUUCGUGGCAGGAUGGUCUUCUUGGCACCAACUGUCCUAUUCCUCCAAGGUGGAAUUGGACUUACCAGUUUCAAGUGAAGGAUCAAAUUGGGAGCUUCUUUUAUUUUCCAUCUUUGAACUUUCAGAGGGCAUCUGGUGGUUUUGGUCCUUUUGUUCUCAAUAACAGAGAAAUAAUCCCCAUUCCUUUUGCACAACCAGAUGGGGACAUUAUACUUCUCAUUGGUGAUUGGUACACACAGAAUCAUACGGCACUAAGAGCUACACUUGAUGCUGGAAAGGAUCUUGGAAUACCUGAUGGAGUUCUUAUCAAUGGUAAAGGGCCUUAUCAGUACAAUUCGACUCUCGUUCCUGCGGGGAUUGAGUACGAAUCUGUUCCAGUACACCCUGGAAAAACGUACCGACUUCGCGUGCAUCAUGUUGGUAUUUCAACUAGUUUGAACUUUAGAAUCCAGAAUCAUAAUAUGCUUCUCGUAGAAACCGAUGGGCAUUACACAGUUCAACAGAAUUUCACAGAUUUCGAUAUCCAUGUCGGGCAGUCCUAUUCGUUCUUAGUUACGAUGGAUCAGAAUGCUAGCACCGAUUACUACAUUGUUGCAAGUGCUAGGUUUGUGAAUGGAUCUACUUGGGAAAGGGUCACGGGUGUUGCCAUCUUGCACUAUUCUAAUUCUAAAGGACCAGCAACUGGUCCGCUUCCUGACCCACCUAACGACAUAUAUGACAAAGAGAGAUCCAUGAACCAAGCAAGGAGUGUAAGGCAAAAUGUAACUGCGAGUGGAGCUCGUCCUAAUCCUCAGGGCUCGUUUCACUAUGGUCAAAUUAGUGUAACACAGACAUUUGUAUUGAAGAGUGCACCAUUGGUGACGAUAAGCGGGUCACCUAGAGCUACCCUCAACGGUAUCUCAUUUGUCAAUCCCGAUAUGCCCAUCAGGCUUGCUGACCAGAAUAGUGUCAAGGGAGCUUACAAACUUGAUUUUCCUGAUAGACCGUUUAACCGGACGCCACAUGCUGAUAGAUCUGUUCUUAAUGCUACAUAUAAAGGGUUUAUUGAGGUCAUAUUUCAGAACAAUGAUAUUACAAUGCAGAGCUUUCACGUGAAUGGUUAUUCCUUCUUUGUUACAGGGAUGGGUUAUGGUGAUUGGUCAGAAGAUAAAAGAGGUUCCUACAAUAAGUGGGAUGCAAUCAGCCGCUGUACAAUACAGGUUUAUCCAGGGGCUUGGACUGCAAUCCUCAUUUCACUUGAUAACGUUGGAACAUGGAAUAUAAGAACAGAAAAUCUGGAUAGAUGGUAUUUGGGCCAAGAAACAUACAUGAAAAUCAUCAAUCCUGAGGAAAAUGGGGAAACCGAAAUGCCUCCCCCUCCAAAUGUUCUAUAUUGUGGUGCCCUUCAGAGCCUACAGACGCAACAUCGAUAUAGUUCGGGAGGACCAACUUUGUCGGGGAUGUUGAAAUUUGGCAACGUUUGUCUCAUGGCACUACUAGGUUUCAUUCUCUACUUUUCUUACUGAGUUGGGAGUUCUGAUAUGACUUGGUAGCUGGUUUCCCUCUGAUAUUAUUGAAAUUGUCUGUCAUGUAGACGUAUAUAUGAAUAGAUCUUUUUGCAUCUUAAGUUCAUGUAGCAGAGAUUAAAUGUUGUUGAAUUGUUGGUUUAAGAUUAGUGGUUGACCCAAUGAAAAGUAUUAUUAGCUGGUC